AUGUGUGCACUAUUCCCUUCAUUGUUUCCAAAUUUUGGUUGGCCGUCGACAGCAGGUUACGAGAGCUACUACCUCGGCGGAGAAAACCUCAACGACAUGUUUCUUGAUGUUCCGGUACCGGAAACGUAUGAAGUGGCUCAUCAUCAGAAUGAACAUCAGAUUUUUAAGAUUAGGAACCGCUUUUGGGCUUGUUCACAUCAUUUACCAUAUCAAUUAGUUUUAAGUUGGAUCUCCAUGAAACCUAAUAUAUCGAAUAACUAUAAGAAGCUAAGUAUUUCUGCCACCGUUUCACGAGGCUUGAAAUACAUACCAGAGUUGGAAGAGCAAGUGAAGAAGUUAUUACAAAAGAAGGAAGAACUCUUGGUGCGAGUAUCAGGUCAAAGAGACAUUGAACAUUACGUUAAGCCACAACCAAAGACAGUUGCAUGUUAUGUCUCCACUGUUUCCGCGACUAAGCUUGGAGACAACGAAGUGAUGGUCCAAAUUUCAUCAUCCAAGAUCCACAACUUCUCGAUAUCCACUGUAUUAACUGGGUUAGAAGAAGAUGGUUUUGUUCUUGUGGAUAUUUCAUCUUCAAGGUCUCAAGGGGAAAGGCUUUUCUACGCUUUGCAUCUUCAAAUGGACAAUAUGGAUAAUCAUUACAAAAUAAAUUGCGAAGAGUUAAGUGAAAGGAUGUUGCACUUGUAUGAGAAAAUAUGAAAAUUCGUUUAGGUGAUUAAUUCAUACAACUGUUGUACAUAGUUUAUUAUA